AUGAUAAAAUUGUCAAAAGCCCUGGCACGAUCUGAUGGUUUUGCUCAUCUCCAUUUUGGACGACCUAAGCUUAAUUUCUCUCAAAUAUCUAGUCGGCGCCGCCGCAUCUCGACGGCCUCCUCUGCCCUCAGUCCUCACGCGGCCUCGGCUCUUGAUUCGCCGUCCACCUCAGCCAUCAGCUCUCCAUUGAAGGCACCUGUGGGACAACCAAUGGAUUCACGAGAGUUGACGCCGGAAGAACUUGAGAAGAAGAAGAAGAAGGAAGAAAAGGCUAGAGAAAAGGAAUUGAAAAAGCUUAAGGCAGCACAAAAAGCAGCAGCCGCGAAACUCCAGGCGCAACACCCCACUACUUCAAAGUCGGAGAAGAAAAAGAAUGCGAGAAGAGAAAUCGAGGAGGAUAACCCGCAGGAUUAUGUUGAUCCUGAAACACCUUUGGGUGAGAAGAAAAAGCUCUCUCGUCAAAUGGCAAAGACUUACGAUCCCAGUGCUGUUGAGAACUCGUGGUAUGAAUGGUGGGAGAAGUCUAAUUUCUUUGAGGCAGACCCAAAAAGCACCAAACCAUCAUUUGUAAUUGUUCUUCCACCACCAAACGUCACUGGGGCCCUUCAUAUUGGACAUGCCCUUACUGCUGCAAUUCAGGAUACUAUAAUUCGCUGGAGACGGAUGUCAGGGUACAAUACAUUGUGGGUGCCUGGUAUGGACCACGCUGGAAUUGCGACUCAGGUUGUUGUGGAAAAGAAACUUAUGAGGGAAAUGAAUUUGACGAGGCAUGAUUUUGGUCGUGAAAGAUUUGUGGCUGAAGUCUGGAAUUGGAAGGAUGAUUAUGGGGGCACCAUACUAAAACAACUUCGACACUUAGGUGCAUCUUUAGAUUGGUCUCGUGAGUGCUUUACCAUGGAUGAGAAGAGAUCGAGAGCUGUGACUGAGGCUUUUGUUAGACUCCACAAGGAGGGUCUCAUUUAUAGGGAUCUUCGUCUAGUGAACUGGGAUUGUGUCUUGAGAACAGCAAUAUCUGAUAUUGAGGUGGAAUAUAUAGAAAUCAAAGAGAGAACAGAACUCCGAGUUCCCGGAUAUGAAAAACCCGUCGAGUUUGGGGUGCUGACAUCAUUUGCGUAUCCUCUGGAAGGAGAUUUAGGUGAAAUUAUUGUGGCAACUACUCGAGUGGAAACCAUGCUUGGUGAUACUGCGAUUGCCAUUCAUCCUGAUGAUCCAAGAUACAAACACGUUCAUGGGAAAUUUGCAAUUCACCCUUUCAAUGGGAGAAAACUUCCUAUUGUUUGUGAUUCAGUGCUUGUAGAUAUGAGUUUCGGCACAGGUGCUGUUAAGAUAACUCCAGCUCAUGAUCCUAAUGAUUUUGAGGUUGGCAAGCGUCAUAAUCUUGAGUUCAUCAACAUUUUCACCGAUGAUGGAAAAAUAAAUAGCAAUGGUGGUCAGGAGUUUGCUGGAAUGCUGCGUUUUAGGGCUCGUGUGGCUGUGACGGAAGCUUUAAAGGAAAAGGGACUUUAUCGAGGUGAUAAAAAUAAUGAGAUGCGUCUAGGAAUUUGUUCGAGAAGUAAUGAUGUCGUGGAGCCCCUUAUAAAGCCUCAGUGGUAUGUAAACUGCAAAAGCAUGGCACAACAAGCUCUUGAUGCUGUCAUCGAUGAAAAAAAUCCAAAAAUGGAGAUCAUUCCCCGUCAAUACGUUGCUGAAUGGCAGAGGUGGCUCGAGAAUAUUCGUGAUUGGUGCAUUUCAAGACAACUGUGGUGGGGCCACCGAAUUCCUGCAUGGUAUGCGAUUUUGGAAGAUGAUGAACUGAAAGAACUUGGUGCGUACAAUAAACAAUGGGUGGUUGCUAGGAAUGAAGAAGAGGCUCGAGCGGAGGCUAGCAAAAUGUUUGCCGGAAAGAAGUUCCAGCUUUUCCAGGAUCCUGAUGUUCUCGACACUUGGUUUUCAUCUGGCCUUUUCCCACUAUCCGUAUUGGGCUGGCCCGAUAACACAGAAGAUCUUCGGGCAUUCUACCCAACAUCUGUGCUUGAGACUGGCCAUGAUAUAUUAUUUUUUUGGGUCGCUCGAAUGGUGAUGUUGGGAAUCAAACUAGGGGGCGAUGUGCCGUUUAGCAAGGUUUAUCUGCAUCCUAUGAUUCGUGAUGCCCACGGACGAAAAAUGUCCAAAUCAUUAGGAAAUGUUAUUGAUCCCCUUGAAGUCAUUAAAGGAGUAACCCUCGAAAAUCUUCACAAAAGGCUAGAGGAGGGAAACUUGGAUCCUAACGAACUGAAAACUGCAAAAGCGGGGCAAAAACGAGAUUUCCCGAAGGGUAUUCCCGAAUGUGGAGCCGAUGCUUUGCGUUUCGCCCUCGUUUCGUAUACAGCUCAGUCGGACAAAAUCAACCUCGACAUACAAAGAGUUGUCGGGUAUCGUCAGUGGUGCAAUAAAUUAUGGAAUGCUAUCCGAUUCGCCAUGACUAAACUAGGAGACGAUUAUUUCCCGCCAAACGAGAUUCUUCCUGCCGAGAUGCCUUUCAGCUGCAAGUGGAUACUCUCUGUUCUCAACAAAGCCAUAGCAAAAACAAAUUUAUCUCUUGAUUCGUACGAAUUUUCCGAUGCGGCUACAGCUGUCUACUCGUGGUGGCAGUUUCAACUUUGCGACGUGUUUAUUGAAGUAAGCAAGCCAUAUUUUGCUGAUAACAGCAAUAAUCCUGCGUCUGCAUCCGCAAGGAGAUACGCGCGGGAUACACUGUGGGUGUGUUUGGAUUACGGGUUGAGAUUGCUUCAUCCGUUUAUGCCUUUCGUCACCGAAGAAUUGUGGCAGCGUCUCCCUUGUAAGAAAGACUCCGUGAGGAAAGAAUCUAUCGUGAUAUCUGAGUACCCCUCGAUUGUGGAGAGUUGGACUAACGAUGAAGUGGAGUUAGAGAUGGAUAUGAUCGAGUCGGUGGUGAAAUCGCUGAGGUCUCUUCGAUCACAGUUGGCGCCAAACGAGAGGCAUGAAAGGCGAGCGGCUUUUGUUCGUUGCCGCACUAACGAUACAUGUGAUGUCAUAAAGAGUCAUGGACUUGAGAUUACAACUCUAGCCACAUUAUCAUCUCUUGAAGUUUUGAGCGAGAAAGAUGAAGCACCAUUGGGCUGUAAGGUCGAUGUGGUCAAUGAGGCCCUAUCGGUUUUCCUCAAGCAGCAAGGAAACAUUAAUGUACAAGCGGAGCUCGAAAAAAUCAGGAACAAAAUGGAGGAAUUACAAAAGCAAUGUGACGGCUUGUCGAGGAAGACGAGUGCGCCGGGCUACCAAGAGAAGGUCCCGAGCCAUAUACGUGAAUUGGACGAGGCCAAAUUGGCAUCGCUCAUGCAGGAAAUUUUGUCCUUCAAGGAAGCUAGUGAGCAUUUGGAACGUGAAAAUUCAAUUUCAUAA